GGGACAGGCAUGGCCAGGGUACCUCUUGAGCAGCAUAUUGGUGACACCUUGUACUCUACGACCCCUUCUUCGGAGGUUGCUAAUUGAUGGACGCUUUCGAAGGGUUCAAACACCAUGUUGUCUUCCAGAAUUUGAACGUUCGGCAUCUUGUCGAACCAGCUCCACUAACCGUCGACCUUGCACGCGAGAUUCGCUACUGCGUCAUUGCCAUCUGUUGCAGCUGGGUUACUGUAUCAAUAUUUCGCUCUUGGACAGCCAGCAAAAGAGGCUCUUCCUAGGACUUCUGCACCAUUAGUCUUUUCCCCCUGGCACUACAACCAUUUUCAACCACGACACGAUGUUCGCCCUUCAAGCGGCUUGCUUGUCCAUGCUUUGGGCUACCACGACCUACGCCCAGAAUCUCCAAGUCCAGAACCCUGUCGAAGACCUCUCGUUCGGCCACAAGUCUACACUCUCCCCAAACUCCUUCGCUAUUCCUGGCUGGUCCAUGCUCGGUGAAGGACACGUGCCUCAACUCCUAUCCGAUCGAGUCAUCCUGACACCACCCUACGGCGGAAAUAAACGAGGGGCGCUGUGGUCAGAAAACAAACUGACAUUGCAAGACUGGCAAGUCGAUCUGAAGUUCCGGGCGGGCGCUACCGACCGUGGCAGUGGGAACCUGCAAAUAUGGUACGCGCAAGACGGCGAGAAGACAGUAAGCACAUCAAACAUCUACGAAGUUGGGAAGUGGGAAGGCCUAGCUAUCGUAGUCGAUACAGUUGGUGGUGUACAGAAGAUUCGCGGCUUCCUCAAUGACGGCUCAACACACUACAAGAACCAUGGGAACGUCGACUCCCUCGCCUUCGGCCACUGUGACUACGUCUACCGCAACCUUGGCCGACCGUCACACAUCAUUGUGCGGUCCACAUCCAGUGGCAUGCUCGUCCAAGUCGAUGGCCGCCACUGCUUUACUACCGACAAAGUCGCCCUGCCCACAAACUACAAUUUCGGCAUGACAGCCGCGUCUGGCGAUCCCCCUGACUCCUUCGAGGUUUUCGCCUUCGCCGUCAGCAAUGCGCCAGCCGGCCCCUCCAACCCGCAGCAAGACGCUCAUCAGCACCAACAACAACAGUCCUCACCACCACCGCCAGCGCAAAACCAAAACCCCGAUGCCGGCAUGGCCCAAAUGGACGACCGCCCGGCUUCACACUACACGACAUCCGAGUCCCAAUUUGCGGAUCUCCACAAUCGCCUGAACCUCCUCUCCAAGUCGAUAACAAACCUGUUUACGGAAAUCACGCGGCACACGCAGGCCGAAGAGGCUCGGUACAAGGAGAUCCUCACUCGCAUCCCGAACGAGCAGACCAUCAAAUCCCUCGAAUCGCGCAUCGGCAACCUCGACCGCGUAGUCGGUGACUUGGAGCGGGAGUUGAAAUCGUCGGACCACAAGGGUCAAUUCGCGAAGAUUUCCGAACAAAUCACACAGACGCAUCUUGGUGUGACGGAGCAGGUGCCGGAGCGGUUGAGGGAAUAUGUCCAGGCACACACCCCACGGAUUGGAUUUAUACUGUAUAGUUUCAUGGCGUUCCAGACGUGCUGUAUUGGCGCAUGGUGCUGGUAUAAGUGGCGGAAGAGUACGAUGCCUAAGAAGUAUUUGUAGCUUGUACCAUGGCUGUAGGUUUUAAAGAUUCAACGACGACGUUGUCUGGAAUGGGCAUUCGACUAUGGAAAGAUCCAUUUGCAUAGGACAUGCG